AUGGCUCUCCGUCUCGGCGCUCAUCCCCUCGCCGUCUCGGUGCCCGCUUCUCAGAGCGCGACGCCUCGUCAUUGCCAGGAGGCAAAAAGCGUGGCCCGAGUAACCGUCGUCGCGUCGGCUUCAGCGAAGCAGCCUGAGGACCUCGCAAAGCCAGUGAGUCGUCGGCACGUGUUCAUUGGUGCGGGGGCGCUCGCAGCAACCACAUCCCCCUUCUUCGCCGGAGCUCGCUACGCGUUGGCGGAGGAGGAGGGUGCAGAGGAGCUUGCGCCUGCGCUCGUGGACGAGGCCCUGGAGGAGACGCCCGUGCUCAAGGCCAUGGCUGAACUCUCCGGCUUCUUGCAGGAGCUGAAGAAGCUCACGGAGUUGCCGUGA